AUGAGCGAAAUUAAUGCUAAAAUGCGUAGUAGAAUAAAUAGCAAUGUUAGUGAUAAUAAGAAAAAGUUAACUACCUCUAGGCCUAAUAUUCCAUUUAACGAACCACGAAAUUCUAUGGAGAGUGAAUUUCGACCUAGGAAAAAGCUAAUACCUGAAAAAAGAAAAACAGUUAAGCUGGAGAUGGGCUCUGUGCAAGAUGAAAAUCGCUAUAACGCCUUCAGACGUAAUCCAAGAGCAAUGAUAAGAAGACUUUCAAGGGCAGCAUCUUUCAAAAAUGCUUCCUAUUCUUUGGAUUUGCAAGGCAUACUUAAUCAAUUCGAGAAGGUACAUACAUGCAAUUAA